AUGGACAGCGAAGAAAGCUCAUUAUUCUCAAACAAAACUCCUUCUUAUAGCCUGGCAGAGAGCAUGGCCAGAGUUUUUAUUAAGCAGAGAGAAUCAAGAAAAUAAAAACUCUAAGAACUAUCUAUGUCUUUCUAAAAGAUUCCUCAGUCCUACAGCUCCUUCUGAGAAGGAAGAGACCAUCACUGACUUACUUGCUAAAAACAAAAAUUCCAUUCCCGCAAGUUACCAUUCAAAAAUUAGGAGGAUCGAUGACAUUGAUAUUAAGAAGCGGUGAACGCCAAGGAAAUACGCCUUUUUACACAAAUCGUUUGGACAUAAAAAGGGCACUUCAACAACACUUCUAUCAGAACCCCCUUACAAGGCAAGAUCUCGCAAUAAUAUGUCAAGCAUGAAGCGAUCUGUGCUAAAGAAUAGAAAAUAAGGCUCGAAGAAAAAAGUCAAGAAAAUGAGCAUUUCCCAUUCUCUCAAAAUACUCUAUUGAUGAAACUAGAUCUCCAGUUUCUAAAAUUCAGCAUCAGUGGCAAUAGAGCCUCUUGCAAAAGAUCCAAAUUCUACAAAAUCUCUCAAUAAAAAGAAAUAAGUCUCUGAUAGUUCUUCAGCAUCUCAAGAAAUCUCAUCGGAAACCACUCAGAUUCAAUCAGAUAGAGGAAAUGGUUCCUAGAUCUGGAGUUAUAGACUGACUAGGAAGUCCAACACAUCACCCAUUACCGCAAUUUGACAUCAUCAAAAACAUCAAAAGAUUCAAACCCCACAAUAAGAACUCUAAGGGCUCUAAAAACCCAAGUCCAAAACCUCGAAACAAGAUCUAUAACCUAAGCAUGUUCCGGAACGAAAGGAUCAAACAGAUCACCAGUCCUUAAGAAAUUUGGAAAAUU